CAUGUUUCUUUUGCAUUCCUUCAUGCUAAGCACUGCUUUUAAAAAUCCUCUCUAAUAUAGCACCACCUGAGUUUUUCUACGUCCUUUCCGCUUAUCAUUAGAUCCAAACUUUUUAAGACGACUUUGAAAGAAAUCAAGAAAAUGAAGAACAAAGCUUCUGUUUUCUUGAAAAAGAUAAUGUCGUUGUUGAGUUCUGUUACAAAGGCCAAGUCCUUGGCUAUUAAGAGCAAGACAAGCGCACUCAAAACGCGCGCUAUUAUGCUCUCUUUGAUGAGGAGCAAGAGGGUUUUGGUGGGUUCAAUCUCUAACAAGAUUCAUAGGAUUCUUAAUCAGCCUGAAAAGGACAGCGAAGACGACGACAAUGAGGACCAAAGCAGGGCCAUAGUUCUCUACUGCAAUGCGAUGGCCAAUGAGUCACUUUCGAGUUGUUCACAAAUGGCAGGCACUGGUGAUGAUCAAGCUAACAAUCAUUACUACUGCUAUGAUGAUAAGUACCCGGAUCUUACGCACUCGCUAUUCGAUGAAGAUGACUUUGAAGAUCCAGGUGGUUCUAUCAUUGAUUUGGUGAAGAAUUCCAAGGAAGAUGGAGAAGAUUUCAGCUUGGAAGAUGAGAUUGAUCAUGUUGCAGACUUGUUCAUUAUGAGGUUUCACAAGCAGAUGCGUUUGCAGAAGCUGGAAUCAUUCAAGAGGAAUCAAGAGAUGCUUAUGAGACGUGAUUAAUGGAAAAUGAAUGAUCAUAUUCAUAAGUACUACUGAUGUUUAACUUGAUGUUUUAAGAGCCAUUUUCUCUUCUUCUUCUUCUUCUUUUUUCCCGUAUUGCUGCUCAAUUAGUUGCUCUUUCAGCACAAACAAAGGAUAUGUACGUUAGCUGGAAUUCAAUAAAAAUGUCAAGUAGAAACUAUAAAAUGAAGUGAAACUAUGUUUAAUGGGCUAGGUUCUCAAGUAUUUUGUUGGGAGAAUCCGAUUGUCUACAGAAUAUGCUCAAUUUCCCAAGAAUAAUGAUGUGAUAUAUACAUUAUAGGCUUGGUGUUAUGAGCCCUCAGAUUGUAAAUUGAGGAGAGAAAGAGAACCCAGGGUCACUGGCAGUGUACAAUCUCUCUUCUUUGAAUAAAGAUGUAUUAGACUUCUAUGAA